GCCAUCUCUUCAUCUCAUUGAAGAGUAAGAAGAAGAAUAAUGGAGUCCCCAAACAGAUCAAUUUGCUUCCUAUUAUUUUUUGCUCUGCUUUUCAUUAGUGCAAGAUGUGGUUAUGUUCGUCCUAAUAGCGAGUGUGCCCCAUCUUCACCUGAAMGAGAGGCAUACAAAAUGCUUCCUUGUAUGGCUGCUUCCAAAGAUCCUUAUUAUCCAGUUUCCCAAAAAUGUUGCGAUCAAGUGAGGAAGCUAGGCCAGAGCACAAGCUGUCUUUGUGCAGUAAUGUUGUCCAAAACAGCCCAAAUGGUUGGGUCUAAGCCCGAAGUUGCCAUUACAAUUCCCAAACGUUGUGACAUUGCUGAACGCCCUGUUGGCUAUAACUGCGGGGGUUACAUACUACCUUGAUUAUUGUUGAUGGUUGAAGAAAGUAAUGAGGUGCCUACUUUACUAUAUAACAUUUAUGCAACAAUAUGAGGCACCAAGAUGUUGAAGUUGUGUGUAGUAUGAAAGAAUAAUAAUGUGUAUGUAUGCUUUCUUGUAGUUGCAACUUUAAAGUGACAUACAGUCACUUAAUUAUGUGAUGAAUAAAAAUAAUGAACUUGUCUUUAUCUUUA